AUGUCGAAGAAUAUUGCCAGAAAAGUAGCCUCGACGGUCAAGGCAGUGAAGCCUGUGUUCAAGCCGCACCAUUCAGGUACCCAGGCGGUCAAAAGCUUCGACAAGAGCAUGCCCAAAACAGAAAAGGUGGGACGCCCAUGGGAAGCCAUGAACAUGUCGAAAGACGAGUUUUUUGGCAGAAAAUACGGUAACAUCAGCGAAAACGAAAGAAAUAGGUUGAAUGAGAAGGUCGAAAGGCAGAGAAGGGCCCGGGCGUCGCGGAUGGAAAACGAGCGGGCUGAAAGACAGGCAGAACGAGAGUCCAGAAGAGAAUCCCGACCUCGAACCAGCUCCAGAUCCUCUGGCACCACCACCAGCUUGAGGAACCCACUCUUUGAGUACAUGUUUGGCACCCACGCCGUCAAGGCUGCCCUUAAAGCAGGCAAGCGCCCCUCCUACAACAAGCUCUACGUCCACAACUGCAACGACAAGGAGCUCAUCAAAAUGGCCCAGACUAUGUACGGACUCAAGGUAGUAGAGAGAGCCAACAAGAAUGAGCUUAACAUCCUUUGCAAUAACGGAGUGCACAACGGAGUGGUUUUGGAGACCAAGAAUCUCGAGUUGCCCACCAUCCACGAAUUGGGGGUGUGCCAGGACGGCCACUACGAGGUUAGUGUAUACGACGAGAUGUAUGACAAGCAGGUAGUCGAGGUCAAGCCCAUAGCCAGAAAGGCGCCGUUCCCAAUCGGGGUGUACCUUGAUGGCAUCACCGACCCACAGAAUAUGGGAGGCAUCAUCAGAUCGGCGUACUAUUUCGGGGUGGAUUUCAUCGUCAUUCCCGAGAGCAACUCGGCGCGGUUGGGGCCUGUGGCUAGCAAGGCUGCCGUGGGGGCUAUGGACAUGAUGGACAUUUAUGAGGCCUCUGACAGUCUCAAAUUUAUCGAGCGGAUCCGAGCCAAUGGCUGGAACGUCAUUAGCACGGGUGCUAGGCCAGCCCACGACGAGUUGCAGGAGUUGAAGACCAAGCACGACAAGGUGGAGACCCACUUGAAGAACCGGUUCGUAGAGCUAGAAGAGUUGGCCCAGAUCCUGAGCCAGGGACCAGUGUUGUUGGUGAUGGGUAGCGAGGGCGAGGGUGUCAGAACCAACAUGAAGCUUCGCUCGGACUACUUGGUGGGUAUCGAUAAAGGCCGGGGCGAAGACGACGUGGACUCGUUGAACGUGAGUGUGGCUGCCGGGAUCUUGAUGAGCGUGGCGACCCGAGGAUAG